UGGAAUAUAAUCACAAAAAGGCAUUGCGUAUAACUAGUUUCUCGACAAUUGAGAAGAGGCGCUAGUUGUCCAUUUCUGGAGCUUUCUGAAAAUCUGCGCCGGCUCGAGUGUCUUCACGAGUCAUCACGUAUCUUUGAGGAUAAAAGAACGAGUUCUGAAAAAUAGAACGAAAGUAUUACUGUUCUAAAGUCAAGCGUUAUGGACCAGGUAUAUGUACUAAAACAGAAAGGUAAUUCUGCUUUACAAGAAGGAAGAUAUGAAGAGGCUAUUAAACAUUAUACAGAAGCAAUUGGCUUAGAUGAAAAUAAUCAUGUGUUAUAUAGUAAUAGAUCUGCAGCGUAUGCUAAAGCAGGAAAGUACAAACAAGCUUUGGAAGAUGCUGAGAAAACUGUAAGUUUAAAGCCUGAUUGGGGAAAAGGAUAUUCACGUAUGGGCAGUGCAUUGGCUUAUUUAGGUAAAUUAAAUGCAUCUAUCAAAGCAUAUGAAACUGGCCUGCAACAUGAACCUGAUAAUGCCCAACUUCAAAGUGGUUUGGCUGAAGUGAAAGCUCAACGGUUAAUGACGUCAAAUCCCUUCAAUAGACCAGAUUUAUUUGUGAAGCUUGCGAACGAUCCUAGAACCAAAGGCUUUUUAUUAGAUCCAGAAUAUUUAAAACUUCUAGAUACUCUCAGAAAUAAUUCAGAGGCUGCUGCUGAGAUGCUAACGGACAAACGGGUACUUACAACUCUUAGUGUAUUAAUGAAUAUGGAUACUGACAUGGAAAUAGAAACAAACUCAUCUCAGCAAUCAGAACCUCCGAAACCUAAACAAGAAUCGCCUAAGCCUCCGAAGAAAGAAGAAGAAGAUUGUAAUACACCUCAGAAGCUUGCACAGCGUGAAAAGCAAUUAGGCAAUGAUGCCUAUAAACAAAAGAAGUUUGAGCCAGCCCUUGAACACUAUAACAAAGCAGUAGAAUUAGAUCCUACAGAAAUUAUUUACUUACUAAACAUAGCAGCAGUAUAUUUUGAACAAAAAGAAUAUGACAAAUGUAUCGCUCAAUGUGAAAAGGCCAUUGAAGUUGGAAGAGAAAAUAGAGCAGACUUUAAGUUAAUAGCUAAAGCAUUCACUAGAAUUGGACAUGCGUAUAAAAAGAUGGAAAACUGGAAACAAGCUAAAGUGUAUUAUGAGAAAUCCAUGUCAGAACACAGAACACCCGAAAUUAAAACUCUUCUUUCAGAUAUUGAUAAAAUCAUCAAAGAAGAGGAAAGAAAAGCAUAUAUCGACCCAGUAAAAGCAGAAGAAGAAAAGGAACUUGGAAAUCAAAAAUACAAAGAGGGUGAUUAUCCAACAGCUAUAAAACAUUACUCAGAGGCUAUCAAAAGAAAUCCAGAUGACCCAAAAUAUUAUAGCAACAGAGCUGCCUGUUAUACGAAAUUAGCAGCGUUCGAUCUGGGGUUGAAGGAUUGCGAGAAAUGUGUUGAAAUUGAUCCCAAGUUUAUCAAAGGAUGGAUAAGGAAAGGGAAGAUAUUACAGGGAAUGCAACAACAAGGAAAAGCACUUACUGCUUACCAAAAAGCAUUGGAAUUAGAUCCUUCGAAUAGCGAAGCAUUAGAAGGAUAUCGCUCAUGUGCCGUUUCUGUUAGUUCCAAUCCCGAGGAAGUAAGGAAGAGAGCAAUGGCAGACCCAGAAGUUCAAAGUAUAUUACGGGAUCCUGCGAUGAGACUUAUAUUAGAGCAGAUGCAAAGUGAUCCUAGAGCUUUACAAGACCACCUGAAGAAUAAAGAUGUAGCAGCAAAAUUGCAAAAACUUUUAGAGUCAGGUCUCAUAGCUAUUCAUUGAAGAUAAAAACAUCCGCAUUUGUGCAUAGCCCUGUGCGACAUUUUACUGUCGUCAAGUUCCUUCGAGGAAACAACGCUGUUCAUUAUAUUUUUGUGUAUUAGAAAUACGUUAUUUAAUCAAGCAGGUCGUCUAGUGACGUAUACAUUGUAUAUCUGUGUUCUGAAACAGCCAUUUUCAAGCAUACAUUUCGUUACAAGAUAUUUUCGAGCGAAUACAGUGGCCUUCAGGUCAUAGACCAUUUUUGAAUUGUAAAUCUUGUUACAAUAGCUGAUGCUUUACUAUGUCUCACAGAGUGUAACUCUAUGAAAAUUGAUUUCUUAUAUAAUUAUAAGUUUUUACAUCUUUUGCAUAAAGUUACACUUUCACUCGUAAAUAAUUAAUCUCACCAACCUCAAGUACGCAAUAUUUUAAAUUUGUUACAUGUGGUCUAGGUUAAAGGAAAUUAUUAAACCUAAUUAAACUUAAUUAGUGUCGAUAAAACAUUUCUAUGCAAAGAACAUGUAUUUAGAUAACAUGUAUCUACUUCAUAAAACAAUACAGUUUUGGUCUAAAGUACUAAUACUGUAGCGAUGAUGAAGAAUAAUAAUAGCUAUAAUUACAAUUAAUUAUAAUAAUACUUGUAUGAUUUAUUUAGAGUCAAAUUCAGUACAAUAUAAAAAUAAGAUAAACAAUGUAA